CUCAAGACACUCAUUUAUGUCAUCUUGUCUGUGGUUGCGCAAGUUGAAGGAAAGGAAUUCGUAGUUAUUUUCGUGAUUAAAUCUUGCCUUAAUUUACAUUGUUUUUCUUUUCUAGCUGCUGAUAUCUAUUACUGGAUACGUCGUCUAUCAAGUGUUUAUGUUUUUUCUUGUAAUAAAGUUUUAUAGCAACAAUGGCAGUGCUUGCAGCUGCACAGUUGUUGGACGAGUUGAUGGGGCGACAUCGCAACACAAAUCCUAAUGAAAAGAUAAAGAAACCGAAUUGGGAGGAUCCAGAGUAUUGCAAAUAUUACAUGGUGAAAUUCUGCCCUCAUGAUCUCUUUGUGAAUACAAGAGCUGACUUGGGUGUGUGUCCAAAAGUCCAUGACGAUGAAGUCAAGGAGUUGUUUGAGAAAGCGGAGCCUUCGUACAAGAAGACUCAGUAUGUGGACGAAUAUCUCAGGUUCUGCCGACACAUGAUCAAUGAUGUUGAGAGAAAAAUACAAAAAGGGAAACAGAGAUUGGAAUUGAUGAACUCCAAACCUGAAGGUCCACCAAUGACGCAGGCUCAAACAGAAAAGAAUCAGGAGCAGGAUGACACAUUUCCGCAGGUCCAAUUGCUAUCGGAGAAGAUUGGUGCUUUGGUUCAAGAGGCGGAGGAGGCAGGCACCCGCGGCGACGUAGAACAGGCCCAGGGACUUAUGAAACUCUGUGAUAGGUUAAAAGAAGAAAAAGAGCAGCUGUUGAAACAACAAGAGAACAGCCAUUGGUCCAUGACUGCGGAACUGGCCGCCGCCCAGGAGAAACAGAUGGAGGUGUGCCCCGUUUGCGGCGCCUUCCUGAUCGUCGGCGACGCGCAACAGCGUAUCGACGACCAUCUCUCCGGAAAACAACACGUAGGGUAUUUCAAACUCCGUCAAGCUUACGAGGAAAUGAAUGAAUCUCGCGAAAAGCAACAGCAAGAGAAAGAGAGGAAGCGUCGGGAAGAGAGGGAGAAAGAACGCGUCUCUCGCGGCGGCGGUCUUGGCUCUGAUAGGCGAGAUAGGGAACGCGUCGAGCGUGACCGUGAGAGAGAAAGGGAUCGCAGCGAGAGAGGCGACCGGGAUAAGGAGAGAGACAAGGACAGAGAUAGCCAUCGGCAUCGGUCAAGUCGCGACGACAAAGGCGGUCGUCACGAAGACCGCGACCGCGAGCGCGAGCGCGACAAAGACCGCGAGAAGGACCGCGAGCGCGACAACAAGGACCGCGAGCGCGACCGCGAACGCGACCGCAAGCAUCGCAAAGAUAGAAGAUCUUCCCAUGACCGGUCGCGCCGCCGCUCCCGCGACCGCCACUAGUGAAUGACUGAGGUAUCACAAAAGCGCCUGAAACCGGUAAGUAUAUCGACCACCAAACCACACUAUACAAUCCUGCAAUGCGACGCUCCCACACAAUACCCAUCCAUAUACUACACUACCCGCCCGGUCCCAAACACAUCUACGCUCAAUAUCAUUCACAUCCCUCAACACACAUCACGUGAAAAUGAUAAUACAAGUAAUAAAGUGAACACUGUUGUUUUACAGCUUAAUGUAGCAUACCAAAAUAAAACUUCGGUAUAUGGCAAACAUAUGGGGAGUAAUGUUGACCCCCUAUGCACUCUCGAUUCGGUAGUUGUCGUCACACCGACGGACUUGGCAGGUAUUUGAUUGGUAUUUUGAAUAGUUGCCGUGGGCUGUGAGGCUUGCUAGACGAUCGUGCGUCCCCUUGUAUUGAGUGGGACGAGACCGAUUGUGUCUACAAGACCUCUCGACACUAGCGGGUCGGAUCGCCGUUGUUUUGAGGUAUUCAAAUAUUUACAAGCUAUCGUUCGCCGUCGUGGUAUGUCCAGUCGACUGGUGCUGAUGCCAGGUAUUUGUUAGGGCUCGUCUGGGAUAGACAUAACAAUACAAUACUGUCCGAUUACUGCAAUCAAUCAUGAACAUAUUUAUGUAUUCUUGUAUCGAAUAUUUGAGUCAUUUUAAAAUCCAGUUUGCAUUUUGGAUUUAAAUAUUUUUUAUGUAUGCCUCUUUUAGGAUCUUCUAACAAUAUUUUUCUUAACAAGAUAAUCAUAAUAUAACCCAAUUAUAAAAUAUCAGUAUCAAAAACCAAAACGACCGUUUGAUUUCACUGCAAAUAGAUUCUUCCGGGUCAUGAAACGCAUUUGUAACUAACAUUCGACGCAGGGUCUAUGUCAGUACAUUGCCAUCACAUACAAUGCCAUAACGGAGAUGUGAGCAGCACACGAUGUGCUACGUAUAGCACGUUAUUGGAUGCUGUUAUCACGUCAUCUACUGUGUACUUCCAGGUACCCAAACUUUGUAAUAUAUGGCAACAAGUUUCACAAACGCGCAACUUAAUUAAUUACUCCUACGAACUCGACGGAAGAAAGUUGAAAAACUUGAUGCCAUGUUAUAAAAUUAAUUGAUACCCCUAAACCCUAUUGGAGCGAAACUUUUAAUGAUUGAUACUGUCGAGCUGUGCCUGGUCUGUGUGAUCUUAUUGGUUUUCUACAGACAUUUUUGUUCCCCCAUUUAUACAAUUUCUCUUCAAUCAUUGAGAGUUCGAUCUGAACCUUUGCCGAGGUGCGUGUUACUAGCUUGCUCGAUGGACUUUUCAGUUGGCAAACAUGAAGAAUGCUCCAGGCCUCCACUACUGCUCAGGAAAAGAGGUACUUUUGACAUUAAACCAAGCCCUGCUGAAGACGAAGCUCGCGGAAAAUGCUGAAACCGGCGUUCGCCAACGGUUCCGAGGUGACAUAGAAUAGUCACACGUAUUAAUAAGUUUAUAUUAGCAAUUCCAAAUUCAUUAUGAAUGCAUGUAGUCCAAUAACACUGGACAUAAUUUUACCGCUUAGAAAAACUAUUGUAUAAGAUGUAGCUACCUCCGAUGUUUGUUCUCUAGGAAGGUCUCUGUUAUUACUGUUAACCAGUUCCCACUGAGGAGUCAUCAGGUAUUUAUGAUAUUUUCUUUUUUAUUCAUAAUGUAUUGUGAUUGGUUUUAACCUAUGCUUUGUAAGUGUGAAUUGGUAGGACUAUUUUCAAGGAAUAAAUUAUCAAUUGAAAA